GUCACUGUCCGCCGUUGCGUCCCCGGGCUUGUCCCGGCUCCGACGGGGCCCGCGGCCUCGAUGUCGUUUCCCCGCUGUGCUCUGUGGUGGGCUCGGCUCGCGGCGGGGCGCCCGGCUGGGCAGCGGGCCGCCGGCUGCUCGGCCCUUCGCGUCCCUGGGGCCCUGGCGCGCGUUCCCGCCUCGGCCGCCGCCUCCUCCAGUGCCUCCGGGGGCUCCAAAGCCCCGAACACGUCCUUGUUCGUGCCCCUGACGGUGAAGCCCCAGGGCCCCAGCGCCGACGGCGACGUCGGGGCCGAGCUCACGCGGCCCCUGGACAAGAAUGAAGUAAAGAAGAUCUUAGACAAGUUUUAUAAGAGAAAAGAAAUUCAGAAACUGGCCGCUGACUAUGGGCUGGAUGCUCGGCUCUUCCACCAAGCUUUCAUAAGCUUCAGGAACUAUAUCAUGCAGUCUCAUUCCCUGGAUGUGGACAUUCACAUUGUUUUGAAUGACAUCACCUUCAGCGCAGCUCAUGUGGAUGACUUAUUCCCGUUUUUCUUGAGACAUGCCAAACAAAUCUUUCCUGUGCUGGAAUGUAAGGAUGACCUACGUAAAAUCAGUGACCUAAGAAUACCACCUAACUGGUACCCAGAAGCCAGAGCCAUCCGUCGGAAGAUAGUAUUCCAUUCGGGCCCCACCAACAGUGGGAAGACGUACCAUGCCAUCCAGAGAUACCUGUCAGCAAAAUCUGGAGUGUAUUGUGGCCCUUUAAAAUUAUUGGCACACGAGAUCUUUGAAAAGAGUAAUGCUGCUGGUGUGCCAUGUGACUUGGUGACGGGCGAAGAGCGGGUGACGGUUGGGCAGGAUGGGAAGCAGGCUGCCCAUGUGUCUUGUACUGUUGAGAUGUGCAGCGUCUCCACUCCUUAUGAAGUGGCAGUAAUUGAUGAAAUUCAGAUGAUUAGAGACACAGCCAGGGGAUGGGCCUGGACCAGAGCACUUCUAGGGCUUUGUGCUGAAGAAGUCCAUCUGUGUGGAGAAUCUGCUGCCAUCGACCUGGUCACUGAGCUUAUGUACACAACUGGGGAGGAGGUGGAGGUCCAUAACUAUGAGCGACUGACCCCCAUUUCUGUGUUGGAUCAUGCACUGGGAUCUUUGGAUAACCUUCGGCCUGGAGACUGCAUUGUCUGUUUUAGCAAGAAUGAUAUUUAUUCUGUCAGUCGGCAGAUUGAAAUUCGGGGCUUAGAAUCAGCUGUUAUAUAUGGCAGCCUCCCACCUGGGACCAAACUUGCUCAAGCAAAAAAGUUUAAUGAUCCCAAUGAUCCAUGCAAAAUCCUGGUUGCUACAGAUGCAAUUGGCAUGGGACUUAACUUGAGCAUAAGGAGAAUUAUUUUUUACUCCCUCCUAAAGCCCAGUAUCAAUGAAAAGGGCGAGAAAGAAAUUGAGCCAAUCACAACUUCUCAAGCCCUGCAGAUUGCCGGCAGAGCUGGUCGAUUCAGCUCUCGAUUUAAAGAAGGCGAGGUUACGACAAUGAAUCGGGAAGACCUCAGUCUACUAAAGGAAAUUUUGAACAGGCCUGUGGAGCCUAUAAAGGCAGCUGGUCUUCAUCCAACCGCGGAGCAGAUUGAGAUGUUUGCCUACCAUCUUCCUGACACGACGCUUUCUAAUCUCAUUGAUAUUUUUGUUGACUUUUCACAAGUUGAUGGGCAAUAUUUUGUGUGCAAUAUGGAUGAUUUUAAGUUUUCUGCAGAGUUAAUCCAGCAUAUUCCAUUAAGCCUGCGCGUAAGGUAUGUCUUCUGCACAGCCCCCAUCAACAAGAAGCAGCCUUUUGUCUGUUCAUCUCUGUUACAGUUUGCCAGGCAGUAUAGCAGGAAUGAGCCCCUGACCUUUGCGUGGUUACGGCGAUACAUCAAAUGGCCUCUACUUCCACCUAAGAAUAUUAAAGAACUCAUGGAUCUUGAAGCAAUCCACGAUGUCUUGGAUCUUUACCUGUGGCUAAGCUACCGAUUCAUGGACAUGUUUCCUGAUGCCAGCCUUAUCCGCGACCUCCAGAAAGAACUCGAUGGAAUUAUCCAAGAAGGGGUGCACAACAUCACCAAGCUGAUUAAAAUUUCUGAGACACAAAAACUGUUGAAUUUGGAGAGCUUGUCCCCAGGGAGCCAGUCACGUUUGUCAGGAACCUUGAAGGGCCAAGCUCGAAGGACGCGUGGCACAAGAGUUGUAGGGAAUAAAGCUGCUGAGCCACCCAACCCUGAUGUUGGAGGGCUGCCCUUGACCUCCAGGCUGGUGCAGCAAGGGCUUCUCACUGCAGACAUGCUGAGGCAACUGGAGAAGGAAUGGCUGAUGCGACAAACUGAGGCUGGCAAAGAGAAAGCAGAGUCUGGGACUUAUGUAAAAGGGACACGAAGAAAGAAGAAAGAAACUGAUUCUGAUUAGUUUUGUGUUUUUUUUUAAAUUUACAAAUAAAAUGUACUUUAAA